GUCAUGGACUGUGGAAUCUUUUACACAUCUGACAAUUGGACUACUGCACAAUUGUCUUGAGUUUCAGCAAUAAUCUCAUGCCAUGAUGUCACACACUCCUUGUCUGAGGUAAGGACUCCGGCACGCUCCUGCUGUCAGCUGUUUUGGUCACGUGAGUCAACACAACCGGACGAUGAUUUUCGAUCUACGUCCUGCGGUGAGUCCAGCAUUGGCUUCAUCAGUCAUUGAAGCACUAUGAAUGAUGUACAUCCGCCUAGACAGUAUGCCUGUGGAACGCGGGCUCUCGAAGAAGAAACCUGGAGGUCUAAAAAUAAAUCAUGGCGGAUAGACCCCUGGGGUACGACUAUCACGAUAUCUUGAGGUUGCUCUGGUUGGACACAGCACUCAACUCGGAUGAGAUCCGCGAAUCCUGUACGCAUACAACCCAGCAAUUCCCCAGUGCCCCCUCGUCUCGAGAAAACCGCAGUUGGACCAUACAUGGUGAUCUUGUCAAUCGUCGGCAAAUUCGACUUUGGGUGAACAAAUUCGCCACUUCAGAUACAUUUAGCGCCACAAGCACCGCCACACAGCCACACCAUCGGCCAAUCAACAUGAUGAUGUUAACGUCCCUGCAUGCGAUCGUCUAGACCUCCAUCUAGACUUGAACCAACGACCACUCAUACCACAAGACUUUUACUGGGCUACAGCUAGGCGCAACUUGAAUCCUAGAUGCCACGAUGUUCGGUGUAAAGGGAACAAAUCGUCUUGCGUCCCAGUCCUCGAAAGUCGGAGUCAUGGUUCGAGAUCCUAGACGGAUUGAUUCUCACAGGGUUUCCCUCCUUGAUUCCUCCCCUGCCGUGGUACUCUAGUGCCGACCAAACUCAUGCAAGCCGCGUACCCUGGGAGAGACCCUGUUGAUAUCGGCCUGGUCAGAUGAGCGAGUCCUACAAUGAAUAUCAUCUCGUGGGUCUGCAAUUCCUGGACAGUGAAUCUCUACCAUCUCUUCCCUGUGAAUGAAUCUGGUGAUCUCAGUCUGCUAACUAUCACUUAUCUUUUAUCUCUCAUUCCCAGCUAUAUAAUUAACAGUGAGUGGUUGAUGUUGCUACAAACAAUCACUCAAUCCUCCCUGAGGCAUCGCUUCAGCGGUUGACUGCGACCUGAGUGCCACUUACAGCAUAAUCUACCUACAAAAUAACCUCCAGAAUGAAGGUACUUCAGAUUAUGGUCUGCGCUGCGAGCAUGUCGCAAGCGGCAGCGCAGUCUCGCUCUUCUGACCCUAUCGAUCAAUUGAUAUCGGAUGCUCUAUCGGUCUAUACUCAAGUCACAUCAAUGCUCGCGUCAGCUGUGUCGGUGGCCACUGCUACACCAGCGUCGUCUUUGGCUACCACGACACCGUCCUCGCCAGCGUCAACCACAGCCUCGAGUUCUUCUUCCGAGCCUGAGAGCUCAAGUUCAGCCUCAACUGCAGACUCGACCAGUCAAUCAAGCACCUCGACCAUAUCAGCAUCCGGCUCGAUGGACUUGACUUCGUCCUCAACCUCUCCUGUGACACUCUCCUCGUCCAGCACCGCCUUGUCGACUUCAAUUGAACAGACCUCACUUCCUACGUCCUCGAUACAGGGAGCUGCGGCGGAGACACCCACACCAGCUGCCUCUUCAGGAACUUCAAACAAUAGUCACCACAAGCUAGCUAUCAUUCUCGGUUCCGUGCUCGGCAUUCUUGCACUUGGCCUCUUCUUGUUAGCAAUAGUACUAUGUCGGAAGCGCAGGCGACACCUCAACACCUCGCCUCGACAUAGCGCUUUGUCUCCUGCGGAUGAAGAUAUCGAAAGCUGGAGAGUCCGCAAGGCUCGCCGCUUCGACAGUUUCCAUCACGACCAAGGUGAUCACGGUGCACCCUUAAUGACCGAAAGUGCCAGACGCAAUUCUCAGGAAAAUCCCUUUGUUCCCGUCCCACCGCCACCUCGACGAUCCGCACCGAAUUCUCGUGCAGGAUUAACAGAUGGAAUGGUGCCGCGCGACGAGCCUUUUUUGGAGGACGGCACUGGAUAUCGGUUGAGUGAGUCACGAAGCUCGGACAGCUCCUCACACAAGAAAGGAGCCCUGGCCGCUGGGAUCGCGGGUGCCGCGGUAGGUGCUGGGCUGAUGCAUCACCACAAAGCGCAAGAUGAUGAAAAGACCCUUGUCGCCGACGACGGGGCCCUUCCUCCCGAAGCUGAACCCCUCCCUCCCUCGCGACCAAGAAGUAUAACCAGAAAACCAGUCCCUGUCAACAAUGUCAAUAACAGCGAGCCAUGGCCAUAUUCACCCGUCUCACCCAUCUCACCUGUUGAGCCAGAGGCGGAGAUGGAGUCACUGAACAAGCUACCGUCUCGAAGCAGUGGAGAAUCACGCCGUAGUUUCCAUCGCGACGCAGCCAGAGCCAACGCCGCAUUUGACCAAGAGUACUCUCCUCACCUAUAUGAUGAGCCGGAAGUUGGGGGCCAUCACGGAAACGCAAUGGCAAUAGGCGCAGGCGGGCUAGCUGCAGGGGUACUUGGAGGAGCCGCAAUAGCACAUCAUCAAACCAACAAACGUCGAUCGAGAAGUAGCAGUGGUGACAGCAACAGCGAUCUUCGUCGACAUAGCCAGGGGUCCAAUCGCGGUUACAGUCGGAGUCCUCAUCGACUGAACGGCGAAGUUCCUAGUCCUGGACACGACCUCUCGACUUCAUCGAGCGACACAUACGUCGAAGGCUUAACGGAGCCAUCUCCCCCUCAGAGCAUCCCUCCGCCCAGUCGGCCAGACAAUCCGCGGCGGGACUCGGAUCCAGAUCCAUCCACGAUCCCACCAACCCCCACAACACGCAGCCGCCGUAACAGUGCACUUGGCACCAUGGCACCGCCAUCCGCCAUCCACAGCUACAUCCACCGACCAGCCAUUCCCAGUCCGCUAUCAACCGAACUUCUUCCUGACAGCUACACGGAAUCAGAUGCGCGCCACCGCCUCCCGAGCCGCAGUCCACAACGUAGCAGUCUCGGCGCUAUCGGUUCUGGUGGAGCCGCAGCCGCUCGCAGAAGCCGCACCUCUCAGGACUACACGCCAUACGACAUAUACUCGGCCAACCCAUGGACUAGCAACAACAUGACAUCGUCAUACCCCGUCAUCGACGACCCAGCUCCCGUGUCGUCCAGUAAAGCCAUUGUUGGUGACAACGGAUAUCCACACAUGGGCGUCCCGCGCCGGAGAUCCGGUGGUGAAUACGAUUAUAUGUCAACCGGUAUUUUUGGACCACAAACUGUUGAUGACCCGGAGCCUGUUCCUGCUCCUGCUCCUGCUCCUGCUCCUGUACAUGGCCGAGGCGGGUUCGGUGGCAGCGGAACCCGUACAAUGUCCAUGGCCAGCGAUGACAGUACAUGGCGCGUCAGUAGCGGUAUGCCCGGUGGAUGGAGCAAGACUGGCGGUGGCAGCGAUGUUUCCGAUGGUGGCGGGUCACGAGGGAGUAGAGAGUUACGUCGGCCGACUAGGUUGAGAGCUAGAGAUAUGAGAGGUGGUGAUGAUGGGAGACAUGAUUUGGAAAGAGGGGUUUAUGACAGUAGUGGCGUUGGGCAGGCUAUGUGAGCGUGCGCGCGAGCGUGCGUUAAGACAAUCUGAGUGUCAAACGAUGAGAUGAGAGAUGAGUUGGUUGGGUUGGGUUGAAGUGGAAUGGAGUGGAAGUACAGUGGGACAAGAGGAGAUGAUAUGACUGAUAUGAAAUACAUACCUCGUUCCUAGCUAUGCCUUAUGUUAUAUAU